UAUAAAUGAAAACUCGAAAGGCACGUCAACAGAAACUGAUCUUUGUCCAACUGUAUAAACAUCAUUGAUAAAGGAAAACAUAAACAUCUCAUAUAUGAACCGCCAUUUGAUAAGAUUUCUUCAAUUGUAGUAUCUCUGAAUGGAUCUUGACCAUAUUCUAUUCUUUGGUCCGUUUGAGUUACAACUUAAUCAAAUGGCAGCAAACUUAACCGUAACCAGAUAAACGCGAAUCAUCUAGUUUUCUAUCAAAAUGGAUCUUCGAGUAUGGAUAGUAAUUUUCGUGGUACAGUCUAUUAUUAGUUCUGUUGUGAGUGAGGAAAGAAAAGUGAUAAAAAGUGACGCUAAAACAAGGACAAGUUCUAAAUACAGCGUUGAAGAUCUCCAGAACACACAAUUCUCUACAAAAAUUUCGGAUGAUAUUUUUAUGGAUCCAUGUAAAGCUGGCGGAUUUUUGGGGGACAUUGCACUGUCUGAUGAAGACUACAAGAAAUUUAUGAAGGAUCCAGAUUUUCAGAAAGAAGUUGAAAAAUACAAACAAGAAGUUCUGGAGGGAUUACAGAUCGAAGAAGAGGGUCUAACGGAUCUUUUGAGGAAAAAAACAAAACAUCCUCCAGCGUACGACGAUUUGAUCGGGUCUAAUGAUCCUCUAGAAGUGAACCAGGACUUCACCAGCAACAAAAAUGGGAAGAACGGACAGGUGCUCAAGUCAAAUAAUUAUGCUGACAAUCCUACUUCUUCUAAUAACAAACCAGUUGUUGAACAGAGCAGCCAAAUCGCCGAAAAUGCUACAAAUCACGAAUCGAAAGAAAAUUUUCAUAAGCGGGUGAAGAGACAUCAACGGAAAAGAAAAAACAUAAAGUAUGAAGGAGCCAAAUUUACAAGUGUAGCCAGUUCCGUCAAGCCCAUCCACGAUUUUCUCAUCAAUUUCGACAUGAAGAGAAAAAGACGUUACGCCCCAGAUCUGACGAAAAUCGACGAACAGGAGAGUUCUUUCGGUCGUCGGGUGACCAGGGCGGCCACGGCAAGGAAGGAGAGAGUCUGGGACUACGGCGUCAUUCCCUACGAGAUAGACGGGAAUUUCAGCGGCGCCCACAAGGCUCUGUUCAAGCAGGCCAUGAGACAUUGGGAAAACUUCACCUGUGUCAAGUUCGUCGAGAGGAACAAGGACGACCAUCCGAACUUCAUCGUGUUCACUCAAAGACCUUGCGGGUGUUGUUCCUUCGUAGGGAAGAGAGGCAAUGGUGGACAGGCCAUCAGCAUAGGCAAGAACUGCGACAAGUUCGGGAUCGUGGUCCAUGAGCUGGGUCAUGUGGUGGGAUUUUGGCACGAACACACCAGGCCGGAUCGGGACAGCCACGUGAAUAUCAUCAGGGAGAAUAUCGUGAGCGGUCAAGAGUACAAUUUCAACAAACUGAGCGAAGAAGAAGUGAACUCGCUCGGUUUAACUUACGAUUACGAUUCCAUUAUGCACUACGCCCGGAAUACGUUCUCGAAGGGAACUUAUCUGGACACGAUCCAACCGAUAGAUGUGGCAGGAGUGAAAAGACCCGAAAUCGGCCAGCGGAUUCGACUGAGCCAGGGAGAUAUCGCACAAACCAAUCUGCUCUACAAAUGUCCCAAGUGCGGUCGCACAUACCAAACCAACGCAGCAUCGUUUUCUUCACCGACCUAUCCUCAGCUGGCAGCUAUUCCUUCGGAAGAGAGAUGUGAAUGGAGGAUCACAGCCACCCACGGCGAAAAGAUCGUCCUCAACAUCACGGAUCUGGACAUAGAAAAAUCGAAAGAUUGCAGCACGAGUUACAUCGAGAUCCGAGACGGCUAUUGGCACAAAUCUCCUAAACUUGGCAAGUUUUGCGGGAUCGGCAGACUGGAUCUGAUCGUUUCUACAGGAAGUCGAAUGUUGAUAACGUAUGUUGCCAAGAAUCCGGCAAGCCAUCGAGGUUUUAAGGCACAUUUCGAAGCAAUCUGCGGUGGAGAUCUGACGAUCAAUACGGAGGGCCACUUGGAAUCCCCAAAUUUUCCCGAAGAAUACCACCCCAACAAAGAGUGCGUCUGGAGAAUAACGGUGCCGAAAAAUUAUCAAGUCGCUCUCAGAUUUCAAUCGUUCGAGGUGGAGAAUCACGACGGUUGCGUUUACGAUUACGUCGAAGUCAGGGACGGAUUCACCAACGACAGUCCCAUCUUGGGAGUGUAUUGCGGACACAAAAUACCGGCGGACAUCAUUUCGAAAUCGAAUAUCCUCAUGGUUAAGUUCGUUUCUGAUGGAUCUGUGCAGAAGGGAGGAUUUUCGGCCAUCAUCAUGAAGGAGAACGACGAAUGCGCCAGGGCUGAUCACGGUUGUGAACAGCAGUGUAUCAACACCUUGGGAGGUUACGAAUGUAACUGUAAAAUCGGUUAUGAAUUACAUUCGGAUGGAAAAAACUGCGAAGACGCAUGCGGCGGGAUUUUCAACGCCACCCUAGGAACAAUAACUUCCCCCUCGUUUCCAGAGUUCUAUCCUCUUAACAAGGUCUGCGUAUGGGAGAUCGAGGCCCAACCGCACUACCGGAUCACUUUGAACUUCACCCAUUUCGACUUGGAGGGCAACAACGUUCAUCAUUUGCAACACCAGCCCUGUGACUACGACAAGAUCGAGGUUUACAGCAAAUUCAGCGAGACCAAUCUGAAGAAACACGGCACCUUCUGCGGUUCGAAACCGCCGAGGAGGAUCAUCUCCGAGGGAAACGUCAUGAGAAUCGUAUUUUCCUCCGAUGCCAGUAUCCAGAAGUCUGGAUUCUCCGCCAUUUAUUUCACUGAUCAAGACGAAUGCUCGUCAAACAACGGUGGCUGCCAGCACGAAUGCGUCAACACCCUCGGCUCGUACGUCUGCACCUGCCACAGCGGUUUCACCCUCGACGAGAACGGCCGCGACUGCAAAGAGGGCGGUUGCAAGUACGAGAUAACGAUCCCUCAAGGCGGCUUCGGCAGUCCCAACUACCCUGACAACUACCCCAGCAGGAAGGACUGCGUAUGGCACUUCAUAACAACCCCCGGUCACAGGAUACGCAUAUCCUUCCUCACCUUCGAGAUCGAGCCGCAUCAGGAGUGUUCCUACGACUACGUCGAGUUCUUCGACGGCCCCAGCACCAACGCUUCCUCCAUGGGCAAGUUCUGCGGCUCGAAGCUGCCCAUCCUGACCAUCGCCUCGGGCAACCAGCUCUACAUGGCGUUCAAGUCGGACGGCUCGGUGCAGAAGAAGGGCUUCUGGGCGACGCACGCCACUGUUUGCGGUGGGAUGCUGCAGGCCACGAAGGAUAAGAAACACAUUUACUCUCACGCGAAGUUCGGCAGCGGGAAUUACGACAACAAGGCCGACUGCGACUGGACCAUCGAAGCUCCUGUCGGUUUCAACGUUUUGCUCAGUUUUUUGACGUUCGAACUGGAGGACGAGAAGAACUGCGAAUACGACCACGUGGAGAUUUUCAAUGGACCCGAUUCCAGCGGACAAUCGUACGGGAAAUACUGCGGUACCAACAAACCAGCAGACAUCUUCUCGACGCACGAAGGGUUGCUGCUGAGGUUUAGAACGGACGACACGUUGGUAGCCAAGGGAUUCAGCGUGGCCUACGAGGCAGUGGACAAGGGUUACAGCGAAGAAGAAGAGGAAGAAAUGUAAGGUCACUUUGACCUUAUGGUUUCGGAUGCCUAAUACUAGUAAUUUUCGUUGAAAAAACCGAUUCGAAUGUAAUUUUUAUGAUUUUCAAGUAGUUGAUGUUUCAUUCGCAAUAUCUGAAAACUUUAUGUACUUAUGUUCUUCAUUUUUCUUCCAUUGAACCAAUUUCAAGUUGGCCAAGGAUAGAGGCUCAUUCGUUAUAGGAAAAAAUAGAAGAAAACAUGGUUCAUGAUGCUCAGGGUCAAUACAUAAAAAGCCCUAAUUUGCAACAACUCGCUAAGAAAUACCGCCUAGGCUUUAAAAACAGGUCAUUGUAUCGAAUAUUUGUUAUAUUCGAAAUAGUUCAUGAUUUUCUCCAGAUCAAGAAACUUAUCCUCACAUAAUUUUUACAACUAGACCAACUAGAAUUAUCUGUAAAGGAAUAUGAUCGAAUUCCUAAGUUAAAUUAACUAAGAUUAAUUCUCAUUCAAGAUAAAAAUUAUUCUCAAUUGAAGUUCUGGCACAUUUUAACUCAUAAAUAAGCAAUAAUAAAUAAAGUUGCCUCCUCUUCAAACAAAUUCAAGUCAAUUUCUACCCUUUAAUUUCUAGUUGACUUGAUUCUAUAAUCAAAUCGUAAGAUUUUUCGAAUCGAUUGAUAACAUUAAAGUCGAAUCGGAAUUUCAUAGACUGCCAAUAUGAAUAAGUAGAAUAAACUAAGAAAUAUACUCAUAAAUUAAUGUUUUUUUUUCUAGUCCAAGUUAUAAAUUAUGAUCUUGCGAUCUAGGAUAAUAAUCGUUUGUAGAUUUAUAGUUUUUGUAAAUUGAAUCAAUAAAUAAUAUUUAUUAGUGA